GAAUCCGUCAGGUUGCUUCCGGUGUCGUGUCGUCGCGCCUGUUGAUGGUGAUAUUUUAGUUGCAAAAAGUAACUUUGGAUGUAUUUCAAACAAUGAUUAAAAUAAGUGACAGUUAAUGCCUCAACUAUGGAAAGCUUGGAUGACUUAGACAUGUACUAUGAUGACAUUGACGAGGAGCUUAUACAGGCUUAUCUCAAUGGAGAAACUAUGGACCCAGAGCUUGAGGCUUUUCUCUCCUCGUACCAGAAAGAGUAUGGUCAAGAGUAUGAAGAAGCAGCUAGUUUCUCACUGUUGGAGCUCGGAGAAAACUGCAUGCUCCCAGUGCUGACAGGGGCCUUAAAAGUCUUGCUUCCUCUUUUGGCUCUGUCCUUUAUUUUCAAGCUUAUAUCAAAUCUCUGGAAACCAGAUGCUGAGGAAGUUGGAGUACCUCGUUCAUUCUUGCACCUAACAAGUGCCCUGUUUGGGGUGCUGGCGCUUCACCUGGUGUUUUCACGUGACUUGGUAUACAUUCUGUAUUGCUGUUGCCUGGUCUACAUUGUUCUCAUUGCCGUCCAUUUCUUAUGUCGCCAAUACUGUGGAAUCGCUGUCUCUACCUUCCUCGUUGUCUAUAUCAUAUUAUGUGAACUUUAUCUUGUAGAGGAAACCACAUGGCAUAAAGUAAGAGGUGCUCAGAUUAUCAUGUCCAUGAAGGUUAUAGGAUUAGCCUUCGAUGUCGCUAGCGGAGUAGAGGGGAUGCCGUCCAUGUCCGAGUACCUUGGUUAUGUGUUGUGUGUAGGGACAGUAAUAUUUGGUCCCUGGGUCAGUUAUCAAGACUACAAAAACAUGCUAUGUCAGGACCGCAAAUCUAUGAAUGUGUGGUGGAUAAUUCGAGUUGCCAAGAGUGUUGCUAUCAGUCUAGUGUGUAUGAUCUACUCAACCUGUCUCCUUACGAGCUGGCUCAUACCAAGCUCCAGCUACAAAUGGGUACUUGCUUACCGAGAUGCACAGUCUUUCCGUUUUAGUCACUACUUUGUGAGCUUUGCUUCCGAGACCACUGCCUUACUCUGUGGACUUAGGACUGCCUUCUACAAGGAUAAUGAGACUCGUGGGUCAGUGUCCAAACCCCAUUAUAUAGAAGUGCCGAGAUCAUUGGUAGAAGUUGUGACCUACUGGAACCUUCCAAUGCACUACUGGCUGAAAACAUAUGUGUUCAAACCGUCCCGGGUGUUUGGAACAUUUGUUGCUGUCAUUCUUACAUACACUGCAAGUUCUUUACUUCAUGGUCUGAAUUUCCAGCUUGCUGCUGUUCUUUUUUCACUAGGAUUUUAUUCAUAUGUUGAAUUUGUUUUUAGGAAUAAGUUAUCCAGGAUAUUCAAUGCCUGUAUUCAAGCCAAGAAGUGCCCUGACAACUGUGGCCAUGACUACACUUCAUAUCAUCCAUUAGUACUACUGACAAAUGUGUGUUUUGGGCUGAUAGCAAUAUUCCAUUUGGCAUACCUUGGGCUCAUGUUUGAUAGCAGCAAGGAACAAGACAAGGGUUACACAAUGGAGCACACGCUGGAGAAGUGGGCCAAUCUAGACUAUGCCAGCCACUGGGUAGUCCUUGGGACAUUUAUAUUUUACCUGAUCAUAUAACAUACAUCACCCACUGGGUACAGACUUCAGAACAUUAAUAAGUGGCUGGUGAGGAGGAGUUAUUAUGUUGAUGUAGAAUUAAGAGGAGAUUUUGCUGUUUCAUUUUAUAUAUAUUUGCAUAUUUUUAUAUGUAACUUUUUAUGUAAUGUGCUGCUAAAGUAUACUUAGAAUGGUUAUAUCAUUAAAUGAUAAUAAUUGUUUUAUCAGUGUAAAUGUAUCAUCCUAAUUCAUAUAUUGUCCUUGUUCAUCUUAUGAUUAAGGAAAACUAUGCAAUUCAUAAACAGGGUGGUAUCUACUCUCAGGUCAUGUCAUGGCUAAACAAAUGAACUGUGCUGGUCAUGUGACAAGGUCCUAGGUCAUGUGUUGUUUACCAGUGGAACUUGGUCAUGUGAUAAGGUCCUAGGUCAUGUGUUGUUUACCAGUGGAACUUGGUCAUGUGACAAGGUCCUAGGUUAUCUGCUGUUUACGAGUGAAGCUUGAUCAUGUGAUAAGGUUAAACCAAUGAAACUUGGUCAUGUGACAAGGUCCUAAGUCAUCUGCUGUUUACGAGUGAAGCUUGGUCAUGUGAUAAGGUUAAACCAAUGAAACUUGGUCAAGUGACAAGGUCCUAGGUCAUCUGCUGUUCAUCACCAGUGAAAUUUAGUCAUUUGACAAGGUCCUAGGUCAUGUGUUGUUUAAACAAGUGAAAGUCAUGUAAUAUUGGUCCAAGGUUGUGUGCUGUAACAGUUUUUACCAGUAAAAUUACUCCCAUGUCCAAGACCAUUUCAUGUUUAAACCAGUGAAAAAAACGUUAAGGUAUUAGGACUUAAUACUCAAAGAACUUUACUUUAUCUUGAGAGUAAAACUGCCGUAUUAAUGUAAUGAUUAUAAAUUUCACUACUAGGAAAAAAUACAUAUUUUCCAGUAAGUUUAGUUUUGAGGACCUAAACUUUAUUCAAACGAAAGAAAUGCCCCUUUAAGGUAUAUCAUUAAUAUGUAGAUCUACAUCUGUGUAUUGGGAUGAACAUGGAACUUUUACCUUGCACUCAUACAUUUACUUUGAUAAUAACAUAAAUUGUGUUGAUGAAUACAUGAAUGCAUGUUCUUUCAAUUAGUUUUAACAUCUUUUUAAAAUUUUUAGACAGAGUGUAAAAAAUCCAAAAUAGCAUUUGUCAAUAUUGACAAUCAAGUUCAAUGCCAUUGCAAAACACUUCUUGUAUUGUUGUGCCUAUAGCUAGUUCAUGGUAAACUACAAAAUGGUGUAGAGCUAAUAACUGCCUUUGCUGGUUCCUCCACAUCAUCUCAUUACAAAUCCAGUCCCCUUAAAUCUUAGAGAAUAUGCUGCCUUGGUCCUCAUUUUGAGUUCUUUACACUUAUAAUGUUGUAUAUUGUAACAGAAGUCCUCAUACUGGUAAUACAAGUUUAUAUACAAUUAUACAUUUAAAUGGCACAAUUAAAACUUUAUUCCUCAUCAUUUUCUUGGCAGAUUUAUUUUCCUGCAGUUCUACAAAAACAUCAUAUUUGUUUCAUUUUCUGUGUCAUUUGAAAGAUAAAAGUCAGUGUAUGUUCUUGAUAUUAGUUGUAAUGUUUGUCCAGAGGCGUUGUCUAUGUAUAAUAUUAAGUCGAUUUGGCCUAUUUAGAAAAGGGGUAUUUCAACUGAACAGAAACUUUUGACUCAAGUGCAAAGAAAAAAAAGAUGGAAGGUAUUAUUUUAUUAUGUUCAGUUAAUGUUUUAUAGGUUAUAUUGUGUUGUGAUUUUUAUUGUUGUAUUAUAUAUUAAGUAACUGGUGUUGACUGUGUUGAUUGUAAUCUUGUGCAAUACUAGGUACUGUAUAUGUUACAGGUACUAAAAGUUCUAAUGUGUAAGAUAUUGAGGUGCCAUUCUCAAAGGUCCAGGCUAGGAUAUCUGCUGGGGAUGAAGGUGGCUAGGAUAUCUGUUGGGGAUGAAGGUGACUAGGUUAUAUGUUGGGGAUGAAGGUGGCUAGGAUAUCUGUUGGGGAUGAAGGUGGCUACGUUAUAUGUUGGGGAUGAAGGUGGCUAGGAUAUCUGUUGGGGAUGAAGGUGACUAGGUUAUCUGUUGGGGAUGAAGGUGGCUAGGUUAUCUGUUGGGGAUGAAGGUGGCUGGCUAGGUUAUCUGUUGGGGAUGAAGGUUGCUAGGUUAUCUGUUGGGGAUAGGUGGCUAGGUUAUCUGUUGGGGAUGAAGGUGGCUAGGCUAUCUGCUGGGGAUGAAGGUGGCUAGGUUAUCUGUUGGGGAUGAAGGUGGCUAGGAUAUCUGUUGGGGAUGGAGGUGGCUAGGAUAUCUGUUGGGGAUGAAGGUGGCUAGGUUAUCUGUUGGGGAUGAAGGUGGCUAGGAUAUCUGUUGGGGAUGAAGGUGGCUAGGAUAUCUGUUGGGGAUGAAGGUGGCUAGGUUAUCUGUUGGGGAUGAAGGUGGCUAGGAUAUCUGUUGGGGAUGAAGGUGACUAGGUUAUCUGUUGGGGAUGAAGGUGGCAAGGAUAUCUGUUGGGGAUGAAGGUGUCUAGGAUAUCUGUUGGGGAUGAAGGUGACUAGGUUAUCUGUUGGGGAUGAAGGUGGCUAGGAUAUCUGUUGGGGAUGAAGGUGACUAGGUUAUCUGUUGGGGAUGAAGGUGGCUAGGAUAUCUGUUGGGGAUGAAGGUGGCUAGGUUAUCUGUUGGGGAUGAAGGUGACUAGGCUAUCUGUUGGGGAUGAAGGUGACUAGGUUAUCUGUUGGGGAUGAAGGUGACUAGGAUAUCUGUUGGGGAUGAAGGUGACUAGGUUAUCUGUUGGGGAUGAAGGUGACUAGGUUAUCUGUUGGGGAUGAAGGUGGCUAGGUUAUCUGUUGGGGAUGAAGGUGGCUAGGUUAUCUGUUGGGGAUGAAGGUGGCUAGGUUAUCUGUUGGGGAUGAAGGUGGCUAGGUUAUCUGUUGCUAGGAUAUCUGUUGGGGAUGAAGGUGACUAGGUUAUCUGUUGGGGAUGAAGGUGGCUAGGUUAUCUGUUGGGGAUGAAGGUGGAUAGGUUAUCUGUUGGGGAUGAAGGUGGCUAGGUUAUCUGUUGGGGAUGAAGGUGGCUAGGCUAUCUGCUGGGGAUGAAGGUGGCUAGGUUAUCUGUUGGGGAUGAAGGUGACUUGGUUAUCUGUUGGGGAUGAAGGUGGCUAGGUUAUCUGUUGGGGAUGAAGGUGGCUAGGCUAUCUGUGGGGGAUGAAGGUGACUAGGCUAUCUGUUGGGGAUGAAGGUGGCUAGGUUAUCUGUUGGGGAUGAAGGUGGCUAGGAUAUCUGUUGGGGAUGAAGGUGGCUAGGAUAUCUGUUGGGGAUGAAGGUGACUAGGUUAUCUGUUUGGGAUGAAGGUGGCUAGGAUAUCUGUUGGGGAUGAAGGUGACUAGGUUAUCUGUUGGGGAUGAAGGUGGCUAGGAUAUCUGUUGGGGAUGAAGGUGACUAGGAUAUCUGUUGGGGAUGAAGGUGGCUAGGAUAUCUGUUGGGGAUGAAGGUGACUAGGUUAUCUGUUGGGGAUGCAGGUGACUAGGUUAUCUGUUGGGGAUGGAGGUGACUAGGUUAUCUGUUGGGGAUGAAGGUGGCUAGGUUAUCUGUUGGGGAUGAAGGUGGCAAAGAUAUCUGUUGGGGAUGGAGGUGUCUAGGAUAUCUGUUUGGGAUGAAGGUGACUAGGUUAUCUGUUGGGGAUGGAGGUGACUAGGUUAUCUGUUGGGGAUGAAGGUGGCUAGGUUAUCUGUUGGGUAUGAAGGUGACUAGGUUAUCUGUUGGGGAUGAAGGUGGCUAGGUUAUUUGUUGGGGAUGAAGGUGGCUAGGUUAUCUGUUGGGGAUGAAGGUGACUAGGUUAUCUGUUGGGGAUGAAGGUGGCUAGGAUAUCUGUUGGGGAUGAAGGUGGCUAGGUUAUCUGUUGGGGAUGAAGGUGGCUAGGUUAUCUGUUGGGGAUGUAGGUGACUAGGUUAUCUGUUGGGGAUGAAGGUGACUAGGUUAUCUGUUGGGGAUGAAGGUGGCUAGGUUAUCUGUUGGGGAUGAAGAUGUCUAGGUUAUCUGUUGGGGAUGAAGGUGGCUAGGUUAUCUGUUGGGGAUGAAGGUGGCUAGGUUAUCUGUUGGGGAUGAAGGUGGCUAGCUAGGCUAUGAAAGUGGCUAUAAUGCAGAUUAUCUAGUUAGAAUGAAAGUGGUGGGAUGAGAUUAUCUAUUUGGAAUGAAGGUGUCUAGAUUAUCUUUGGGAAUGAAAGUGGCUAGAGUACAGUGCUGGAAAUAUAGAUGUCAAGAUUAUUUUCAUCUUUGGCCCAAGGUGGAAAUUGCACUGUUCAAGGUCACAUUUUGUUGAAACAUUAUGGAACAAAUUUGGUCAGAAUUGAACUAGGCAUUAGCUGAUUAAAAGUCAAGGUCACUGGGUCAAAUGUCAAGGUCCCUGGGUGAGAGGCCACAGUCACUUUUUUAUGCUAUCGCUGAUAAACAUUUUGUUAUGAGUUUAUUAAUCAAAAUUAGUUAGUAUUUAAACAAGGAGUCCACUUUAUAAAUGUUAAAAGGUCACAGGGUCAAAGGUCAAGGUCCAAUUUCAUACCUUUUGACUAUUGAACAUUUUGGGAAGACAUUAUGAAGCAAAGUUGGUCAGAAUUAAACAAUGAAUCAACUGUUCAAAGAUCAAGGGCCCUGGGUCAAAGGUAAAGGUUGUUUGGUUCAAAAGGUCAAUGGCAAAAUGCAUAUUUGAAGAUGAUCUUGGUUUCCAGUUGGAGAUAUAUUUAGGAGUAAUUUGAAACAAAUCCAAUCUAACAGAAGAGUUUUAUACCAGUAUUUCCAUGUCUGUUAUCCAAUAGAUAUGGAGGCCAAUGUGUCUGAUGUAUAGUCUGCUCCCUCGCCACAAGGCUCACUGGAAUGCAAAACCUAAUUUAAACUAUGUGUAUUUUACUUUUAAAGUUGCAAUGUUUUUUGUUACAAUAUCUGUAUAACAGUUAGUGCUCUAUAUAUUCCAGUAAGUGAACUCUCCCCUAAUGCUAAUGUGAGGUUUUGUGAUAUUCAAUGUGAGGUGAGCUUUGUACCGAUGACAGUACGUUUGUUAUACCAACAGUGUGGCAUGAGAGAUAAGGUUUUGUGAUAUUCAAUGUGAGGUGAGCUUUGUACCGAUGACAGUACGUUUGUUAUACCAACAGUGUGGCAUGGGAGAUAAGGUUUUGUGGCGCCUUAAUGUUUUAUUAUAUUUUACAUUUUAUUGUUGGUACUGGAUGCAAUAUUUUAUGGAAAGUGCAGUGUUGUUCUGUCAAAAUAGUUCAUCAGUGUAUCAUAAUUAUUUGUUCUGUGUAACAAAAACCAGAAUGUCAAGGUUGUCCAUUUACUUCACUACCCUUAUUUUCGUGUUUUGAUAUGUUUACUAUGAUCAAACAUUACAUGUAUCAUUGUUACUGUGAGAUUUAAUUUACAGCAUUUCUUUUAUAUCAUGAAAACAUAUUUUUAGUGCUGAUAAUACAAUUUAAAAGAAAAUUUGAAUUUCUAAAUUAGGAAAACCUGUAAUAAAUGCAAUUCAGUAUCAAAGUUCAAAGGAAAAUAAACCUGGACAUUUUAAAUCAUUUGCUUUGAACAGGUAAAUGAUUGUCAGAUUUUUAGCAGAUGUUCCGUCCUUUCACAGUCAUAAUAGCAUGGAAUUUUCAAAGAAGUGUUUUUCUUUACCCAAUCGGCUGGAUCAUAAAAUGAUCUGAUGUAUGUGCUACUGAAGCUGAACAUUCAAAUGAGGUGGAACUGCGGGAAAAUGUCAUUUGAAGAACAAUGUAUCUGAUCUGACUCAGCUUUAGUAAACUACACUGAGUUUAUAAUGUUUGUAUGCUACAUGUAAUUAAUGUAUUGUAUUUCAAUACCUGCAAUUUUAUUGCCAAACAUAUUACCAGAAAAUCUGUUAUUGAUAGACUAUUUUGUGUAACUAAGUGGGUUAUUAUCUUAUUUUAAAAAUGAGAAUAAAAAUGUUUGGAAUACAUCAUGUUA